AUGGCUCCCCACGAUGAGAACCCGACCGUUGAGGUCAACAAGGAAGAUUUCCGUGGCACUAGCGACCAGAUCGUGAUGCGUCUGAUGGAGAUUCAAUCCUACGUCGCCGAAUUGGCCAAAGCCUACGUGCAGCACACCAAGAAGCUCACCGAGACUGGCGAAGCCACCCUUGAGCUCCCCACCGGUCCUGCCGGCUUCCUGGCUCAGGACUUCACUGGUCGCGCCGGCGGCCCCAAGAAGCGCAAGCGCGCCCCCGCCGACCCCAAUGCGCCCAAGCGCGCCCUCACCCCCUACUUCUUGUACAUGAAGCACAACCGCUCCAAGAUCGCCGCCGACCUCGGCAAGGACGUUCGUCCCAAGGAAGUCGCCGACGAGGGUACCCGCCGCUGGCAGGCGAUGGAUGCUUCCGAGCGCGAGCACUGGAAGAGCUUGUACACCGAGAACUACAACAAGUACAAGGAAGACGUCGCCGCCUACAAGGCCGGCACGAAGACCGAGACCGCUGCGCACGACGACGAGGAAGCCGAAGCCGAGAACGAGCAUGAGGAUCCCGCCGCUAGCCAGCUUCAGCAGGACUUCGCUGGCGCCGAGACCAAGGAGGAUUCGGAUGCUUCGACUGAGUCUUCGGAUGAGGAGUCUCCUUCCCCCGUUCCUGUUAAGGAGAAGACUCCUCCUCGCAGCAGUGCUAAGAAGACUCGUAAGGCUAAGGAGGUUGAGACCCCUGCUAAGUCGCCCGUUAAGCGUGGUCGCAAGGCUGCUGCUGCUGCCGCGGAGCCUGAGCCUACCCCCGCGAAGACUCCUGUUGAGAACAAGCGUCGUUCCAAGAAGCGCAAGACUGGACAAGCUCACAAUCGCCCAUCUGGGCGUCGUCUCGCACGUGGAGUACGGCUGAACCAUGCAGAAGCUGUGGCCCUAAUCUCCUCAGUGCUCCAUGAGCUCAUCCGCGAUGGCCACUACUCCGUGGCCGAUCUCAUGUCCAUCGGAAAAACAAUGCUCGGCCGCCGCCAUGUCCUCCCCUCGGUAGUCGCCACCCUCGUCGAGCUCCAGGUCGAAGGCACCUUCAUCUCCGGAACCUACCUCGUCACCGUCCACCACCCAAUCAGUAGUGACGAAGGCGAUCUCGAGCGCGCCUUGUACGGUAGCUUCUUACCGGUACCUGCCCGCGAGGCCUUCCCAGACCCAGACCCCCACGACUUCAUGCCGGAGAAAAUGCCCGGCGCCGUCAUUCCGGCCAAGCACGCGCGAGUCGAAUUGAGUCCCGGACGCAGGCGCAUUAAGCUCAAGGUUAUGAGCAAGGGCGAUCGACCUAUCCAGGUCGGAUCCCAUUAUCAUUUCAUCGAGACGAAUCCCCAGCUGCAUUUCGAUCGCAUCCAGUCUUACGGCUUCAGACUGGAUAUUCCCGCGGGAACGUCGAUUCGAUUCGAACCCGGUGAUACCAAGACCGUGACGCUGGUUGAGAUCGGUGGACACCGUGUGAUUCGCGGUGGAAACUGGCUGGCGAAUGGAGUGGUGGAUAUGAGUCGGGCUGAGGAGAUCGUUGGGAAGUUGCAGACGGCGGGCUUUGCGCAUGUGCCUGAGCCUCAGGCGGAUAGUGCGCUUGUUGCUGGGUUCUCGAUGGAGCGCGAGGCUUACUCGCGUAUGUUUGGUCCUACGACGGGGGAUCUUGUCAGGUUGGGGUUGACGGAUUUGUGGGUGGAGGUUGAGAAUGAUAUGACGACUUAUGGUGAUGAGUGUGCGUUUGGUGGUGGUAAGACGCUGCGCGAGGGUAUGGGUCAGGCUUCUGGGAGGGGCCAUGCUGAGUGCGUGGAUACGAUUAUUACGAAUGCGCUGAUUAUCGACUGGACUGGUAUCUACAAGGCGGAUAUUGGUAUCAAGGAUGGGUUGAUUGCUGGUAUUGGCAAGGCUGGAAACCCGGAUGUUAUGGAUGGUGUGCAUCCGGAUUUGGUGGUGGGUGCUUCGACGGAUGUCAUUGCUGGAGAGAAUAAGAUUGUCACUGCCGGUGGUAUCGACACGCAUAUUCACUUGAUCUGCCCGCAGCAGGUGGAAGAGGCCUUGGCCUCUGGAAUCACCACCUUCCUCGGUGGUGGUACCGGUCCCAGUACCGGGUCCAAUGCGACGACAUGUACACCGGGGCCUAACCAUCUGCGCCAGAUGAUGCAGGCCUGCGACAGUCUGCCAAUCAACAUUGGAAUCACAGGCAAGGGCAAUGACUGCGGAAAGAAGAGCAUCGUGGAACAAAUUCUAGCUGGAGCAGCCGGUCUCAAGCUCCAUGAAGACUGGGGCUCCACGCCCGCAGCCAUCGACAACUGCCUGGAAGUCUGCGACGAGUACGACGUCCAAUGUAUGAUCCACACCGACACGCUCAACGAAUCAGGCUUCGUCGAACAAACCAUCGAUGCCUUCAAGGGCCGUACCAUCCACACAUACCACACAGAAGGAGCCGGCGGCGGCCACGCCCCAGACAUCAUCUCCGUCGUGGAACACCCCAACGUCCUCCCCAGCAGCACCAACCCAACCCGCCCCUUCACCCUCAACACCCUCGACGAGCACCUCGACAUGCUAAUGGUCUGCCACCAUCUCUCCAAGAACAUCCCCGAGGACGUCGCGUUCGCGGAAUCCCGCAUCCGCGCCGAGACCAUCGCCGCCGAAGACGUCCUUCACGACCUCGGCGCCAUUAGCAUGAUGUCCUCCGACUCUCAAGCCAUGGGCCGCUGUGGUGAAGUCAUCCUCCGCACCUGGCACACAGCCCACAAGAACAAAACCCAGCGCGGUCCAUUAGAAAGCGAUGCCGGCACGCGCGCCGACAACUUCCGCGUCAAGCGCUACAUCAGCAAAUACACCAUCAACCCCGCUUUGGCGCAGGGCAUGGCGCACGCCAUCGGCUCCAUCGAAGUAGGCAAGGUAGCAGACCUAGUGAUGUGGAAUGCCUCGACGUUCGGCACGAAGCCCGUCUCCGUGUUGAAGAGCGGUAUGAUCGUCAUCGCAGAGAUGGGUGAUCCGAACGCGUCCAUUCCAACGGUUGAACCGAUGAUCGUGAGACCAAUGUUCGCUGCGCGUCUCCCGCAGGCUUCUAUCAUGUUCGUAUCACAGGCUUCUAUCGAUGCUGGGAUCGUGCAAUCUUACGGCUUGAAGAAGCGUAUCGAGCCAGUGAGGAAUUGUCGCUCUGUUGGCAAAAAGGAUAUGAAGUUCAAUGAUACUAUGCCGAAGAUGAAGGUUGAUCCUGAGAGUUAUACCGUCGAGGCUGAUGAUAUGCUCUGUGAUGCUGAGCCUGCUUCUGAGCUGCCCCUCACGCAGGCUUAUUAUAUCUUCUAG